GUGUAGCAGUUUGAAAGACCUUUAUGACACAAAUUUACACGAGGCCUAUUGCAGGUGAUGUUUCUAUUAAUAAGCUCACGUCAUGCGCACUCUCAACAACUUUUGACCGGGUAAAGGUGAACCAAAAUAUCAACGACAUGAGUCAACAAACUUUGAGCAUACAUGUACAUAAGUGCGAAUGCCGACCAAACCAGAAUUAUGAAACAUUUUGGACCCUGCAUAAUCGAUUAUAGGAUUUGUGCAGACAGACAACACCUUGGUUGAAAAUUCUUCAUUUUAACCGGAGUUUGUGUAAUCGCUGCAUUAUCAUGAGUCGGUCGUCAGUCAUGUCUUUGCCGAGCGGCGUUUUCUGGGGGCUAGUUGAACCUCGUACGGUUCUCUUGACUGUCCUGGUGUUCCUCGGAGUUGUGUGGUUCAUCCGUGGCAGGCGGGCUGGUAAGACCUAUCGUUACCCUCCUGAUGCUGGGCGGUCCCUCACAAACGCAUAUGAAGAUCUGCGCCUUAUGGGGGAUAUGUUCAUGAAGGGAGUCUCUCAGCCUCACGAAGUAUUGACAAGGUUUUCCCAGAAGUACGGGCCUGUUUUUAGUGUUACCCUUCCGUACCUGCGGAUCGUGGUACUGAGUAGCUACGAAGCUAUACGGGAAGCCUUUCAAAACCAGUUGCUUAGCGACCGACCGGUCAUUCACGUCCUGAAGCAUGGGGUCAAAGGUCACGGGGUUGCAUUUUCCUCGGGAGAAACUUGGAAAGUCCAACGGAAGAUGGUCUUGAAUUUCCUGCGAGCCUUCGGCGUGAAUCGAUCCAGCUUUGAGGAGAAGAUAGCCCUUGAGGCUAGCCAUCUGAAUGCCGAGCUACGCCAGCUGGACGGCCGGGCCUUCAACCCAUCACACCUGUUUGCUAACGCCGUCUCCAACAUCAUCUGCUCUGUGGUCUUUGGCCAAAGAUACGAAUACUCCGACCCUAGGUUUAAGAAGCUCCUACGGGCCGUGUACCGUAACGUGGCUAUCAUAGGCGGCAACACUGGUCCGUUACAAAUGCUACCCUUUGCAUACCUUUUGAAGCCAUUAAUACCUGUUCUGAAAGAAACUGAGGAUAACGGCAAGCUGAUCAACAACUUUGCCAAGGAGGUCCUAGAGGAGCACCAGAAGGAUUUUGACCCGGACAAUCCCCGCGACUUCACCGAUGUCUUCCUGCGGAAGAUGGCUGCUGCGACGACUGAAGGUGAGAGUGACAAGGACAGUAAUAACAAUGAGUCCAUCUUGACUGUCCACAACAUGUGCGCCACUGCCUCGGAUCUGUUCGUAGCCGGCACGGAGACCACGUCUACCUCGCUCCGCUGGGGGUUGCUCUACAUGAUGGCCCGGCCGGACAUCCUGGAAAAGGUUCAGCAGGAGUUGGAUGCGGUGGUUGGGAGAGGUCGUCUGCCUAGAAUGUCCGAUAAGCCUAAUCUACCAUACACAGAAGCCACACUGAUGGAGCUGCAACGCGUCGCUAACAUCCUACCACUUGGGAUACCUCACCAAGCGUCUGAGGACACCACCAUCCUGGGUUUUGAUAUACCUAAAGGCUCCGUCAUCAUGCCCAACAUGUGGGCCUUGUCUACUGAUUCUAAGCUGUGGCAGGAUCCGGAGACAUUCCGUCCUGAACGGUUCUUGGAUGAGACUGGACGUAACGUGGUCAAGCAAGAGGAACACAUCCCGUUCAGUAUUGGUCGUCGCAUGUGCAUCGGAGAACAACUCGCCAAGAUGGAACUCUUUAUCUUCCUAACGCAUCUCUUCCAUCAGUUCACGAUCAAGAAGCCAGACGGUUCUCCUCCUAUCUCCUUCAAGGGGGUCAUGGGUGUCACCCUCUCGCCUCUUCCUUAUGAAGUCUGUGUCAUUCCUCGUUCUUAAAGAACAUCAACACCCCACUGGGUGUCCAACCACAUAUCUAAGAUUAGACUAAGACAACCAGGCAGAGGAUGCUAAUGCAGCACCAUCGUUAAUGAGCUGUGGUCAUAAGAACAACUUUGACUCUCUCGCUUUUCAAACUUUUCCUCUGCAUGUAAAGAUUAAACUUGCUGAAUUUGUUAUUUUCAGUGAGACGGGUUUUCCCUUUCUUAUCUCAUUGGAUAUUCAUGUUCUACAUACAUUGCAGGGUGAGUAAAAAAAACACGAAACCCAAAUGUCGGGACUAUUGUUUAAGUGAAGUUCUGCAUGUAGCACUUUCAA